CAAUGUUGUAAAUUUAUGAAUGUUGUAUGGUACUUCUCACCACUUAGUAUAGAACGUCAGACCAAGUUCUAGUAGCUAUUGCAGAAUUGCCGGAAAAUUGGAACUGGAAACCAGGCCUGUUCCCUCAGGGGAGAAAUAUACCCGUUGGACUUUUUUUUUCCAGCUGGAGAAAUUGGACAUCUUUUGAAGAAAUAAUCAUGAAGGUGAAACAAAAGCAGACAAAAUAUGGUUCUGUUUAGAACUGAAAUAGGUUUUGCAAUAUAACUCUUUUGUUUAGGACUGUCAGAACUGUCAGCAGUUGAGAGAUUCAAAGUUAUAGUGCCUAACCAUGGCAGCAUUGUCCAGAAGGAUUUUGCCAGCUUGUACUAGGACACAUUUGUCACCAUGGAUUGGCAAACAGGUGCCCCCUAACGUGACAAUGUUCACAGGAUCAGCAAUCCAGCAGAGGCACAAAGAAGAGGAGACAGGCAGACAAAAGCUUGUCAUUCUCGGAACGGGAUGGGGCAGUUACAGUGUGCUGAAAAGUAUCAGCAAGAAACUUUACGAUGUCAUCGUUAUUAGUCCGAGAAAUCACUUUCUGUUCACACCAUUGUUGGCCAGUACGACGGUAGGAACAUUAGAAUUUAGGUCAAUCAUAGAGCCUAUCCGUAACACAGGGUUUCGUCAAACAGAUCAUUUUCACCUGAGUCGAGCCACAUCGGUUGACCUCAGCUCCAAAACUCUGAAUUGUGAGAGCCUGCUUAAGCCAGGCCAUACUUACACAGUGCCCUACGAUAAACUUGUCAUUGGGGUCGGAGCUCUCAGCAAUACCUUCAACGUCGCGGGGGUAGAGCGGCAUGCAUUCUUCCUCAAGGAAGUAGGGGAUGCAAGAAAAAUUCGAAAUCAGUUGCUUAGCAACCUUGAGCUGGCUCUCCAACCAGGAAUCCCAGAGGCAGAGUCAGAGCGCCUGCUGCAUACAGUCAUCGUGGGAGGGGGCCCCACAGGGGUGGAAUUUGGAGCUGAACUCUAUGACUUCCUGGAACAGGAUUGUUCCAGGCUGUACAAACAAGAACAAAACGACGUAAGAGUAACACUGGUAGAGUCUAAUCAGAUACUGGCGUCUUUUGAUGACAGACUAAGGAGUUAUGCCGAGAAGAAAAUUCAGCAGAGGAACAGGUUUAAGCUUCUGCAGAAUUCUGUCAAGGAGGUGAGAGAAGAUGGUGUACAGUUAAUGGAUGGAAGGUUCCUGCCAUGCGGACUUGUGGUAUGGAGCACCGGACUUGCCCCACGGCCCUUCACCCAGGGGCUGAACACGCCCAAGAAUCAAAGAGGACAGAUUUUGACAGAUGGAUAUCUACGUCUGCUGGGGAUGACUCCUGGAGCGUGUUUGCCUCGGGACUGCGCGGACAUUGAGAAAAUGCCAUUACCUUGUACGGCUCAGGUUGCAGAGCGACAAGGUCGUUAUUUAGCCAGUGUUUUGAACAGCACAGAUCCAGCAUCUGUGUCUCCCUUUAAAUUCAAAAAUGGCAUGCUGGCUUAUAUAGGCAGAUAUGAGGGACUGACAGACAUGCAGGAUUUUAAACUGCAAGGAUUCCCCUCAUGGUUGUUGUGGCGUUCAGCAUAUCUCACACGGCUCGGGAGUUGGAGGCUACGAAUGCAGGUGCCUAUUGACUGGCUGAAGACAUUGCUGUAUGGCAGGGACAUCUCUAGAUUUGAGUAGCACUUAAGGGCUGGUUAUGGACAUUGCUGUAUGGCAGUGAUAUCUCUAGAUUUGAGAAGCGCCCAUAGACUGGCUAAGGCAUUGCUAUAUGACAGGAAUAUCUGUAGAUUUGAGUAGCAUAUGUAGAUUGGUUAUAGACACGACUGCAUGUUGAUAUAUGGCACGUAUGGCAGGGAUGUCUCAAGAUUUGAAUAGCACUUUUAGACUGGCUGAAGACAUUGCUAUAUACAGGGAUAUCUCUUGAUUUGAGUAGGGCCUAUAAACCGGCUAUAGACACUACUACAUUGAUAUCUCUAGAUUUAAAUAGCAUAUUUAGACUGGCUAUGAAGACAUUGCUAUGUAGCAGGGAUAUCCCGAAACUUGAAUGAAACCUAUAGACUGGUUACUUACAUUGCUCUUUGGCACGGAAUUAUCUACAUUUGUGUAUAGACUGGCUAAAGACAAUGCUAUAUGUCAAGGAUAUCUCUAGAUUUGAGUGCAUAUAUAGACUGGCUGAAGACAUUACUAUAUUGCAAGGAUAUCUCUAGAUAUGGCAGAAGACUACAUAAUCUCUAGAUUUUAGAAACACCUACACACUAGAUAAAGACAAUCCUAUAUCUUGGCUUUGAUAAGCAGGUGUGGUCAGGGUAAAGACAUCGCUACAUAGCAAGUAUAUGUCUAGGUUUAAGUAGCACCUGUAAACUACACCGUAGCUGGUUACAGAUAUUGCUAAAUGACAGAGAUCUUGAGUAACAGGUUUAGAUUGGUUAAAGUCACCCAUUUAUGACUGGGGUAAGACACUGCUAAAGACUGGAUGAAGAUUUUUGAGUAGCAGCUAGAAAGACAUUAAUGGAUACUAUCAAGCGAUUUGAACAGCGCAUACCCUACUGUAUUGCUGGAGCGCCUCCAGACUUCUGUCAGGAAGGUGUUUAAACUUGAUUGGAAAUGGUUCAAUUGCACGAAUAGCUCCAGAUACAUACUCCUUACAUUCUUGGACAGCUAUCUAUAGAAUUGAGUGGCACCCAUUGUGCGGGUAAAGACACUGCAUUAUGGUUGGGGUAUUUCUCCAGAUUUGAAUAACACUUACAGGGCGGUUAAGACACCAUUUUAUUGAUGGGAUAGCUCCAGAUUUGAGUGGCAUCUUCAUAUAUAUACAUGUGCCCUAGAUGACCCAAAAUAUCCACCACGAAAGUGCUGAUUUAGAGGCAGCUAAAUGUCACAAAGUAGUAUUUUUAGUGUUGAAAUGAAUAUCAUCCCAUGUUCCAAGCAAACCUCAAAACACCUUUCUAAAAUCAAUAGAACUAUCAGAAUCAGGAAAAAGUGGGCAAGUUAGUCCUGGACGAAAUUUAUGGUCAUUUAGGGUAUAUGUACUGGUUAAAGACACUUCUCUAUUGUAGGGAUAUCUCCAGAUUUUAAUAGUGCCCAGUAAAGACAUCGUUAUAGGAUGGGGAUAUCUAGGUUAAUAGCACACGUAAGCUGAUUAAAGACACCACUAUAUGUGCUGGUUAAAGACACUUCUCUAUUGUAGGGAUAUCUCCAGAUUUUAAUAGUGCCCAGUAAAGACAUCGUUAUAGGAUGGGGAUAUCUAGGUUAAUAGCACACAUAAACUGAUUAAAGACACCACUAUAUGUACUGGUUAAAGACACUUUUUUUAUUGUAGGGAUAUCUCCAGAUUUUAAUAGUGCCCAGUAAAGACAUCGUUAUAGGAUGGGGAUAUCUAGGUUAAUAGCACACGUAAGCUGAUUAAAGACACCACUAUAUGUGCCUGGUUAAAGACACUUCUCUAUUGUAGGGAUAUCUCCAGAUUUUAAUAGUGCCCAGUAAAGACAUCGUUAUAGGAUGGGGAUAUCUAGGUUAAUAGCACACGUAAACUGAUUAAAGACACCGCUGUAUGUACUGGUUAAAGACACUUCUUUAUUGUAGGGAUAUCUCCAGAUUUUAAUAGUGCCCAGUAAAGACAUCGUUAUAGGAUGGAAUAUCUAGGUUAAUAGCACACGUAAACUGAAUAAAGACACCGCUGUAUUGCAUAGCUCCACAUUCUGAUCAUUGCCGUAUCGCUUGAGAAAGGCAUCACAUACUGUCUGAAGCUGGUGAGUUUCUGUGGCUUGUUGUCUAGACCAGUAGUGAUACCAGAACUCAG